AUGUUAUCCGCCUGUUCACCACCCCCCGAAUCCACCGAGCAAGUACAGCCCCAGGCAACCACCGAUACAUCCGAAAGCCAGGACAACACCGUUGUAGGUCUUGUCAGCCAGGCGCAAGCAAUACAUGAUCGUGUGCUGGUAUUAGACGCGCAUGCCGAUAUCGUGCCGCCGGGUACCACUUCGCGAUACGGCGAUGCAGAUGGCUCAUCACAAGUGGCACCUAACAAGAUGGCAACGGGCGGCGUUGAUGCGGUUGUGCUCGCUGUUGCUGUGGGCUCCGGGCCGCGGACGCCUGCAGGGGAUGCCGAAGCGCGGGCCAUGGCGGAUGUGGAGCUGGCUGGUGUCAUGGCUAUUGCUGAUGCAGACGACCGGGUGGUUGUGGUGCGUUCCGCCGACGAGCUGGAGCAGGCGCACGCAAACGGCGAAAUAGCGUUACUGUUAGGCUUCCAGAAUGCGCGCAUCCUGCAGGGCAGCGUCGAUGCGGUAAACGAAUUUUAUGAUGCUGGCGUGCGUGUAUUUGCCCUGACGCACCUGGGCCACAAUGAUUUUGCCGACUCAUCCAGACCGGUUUACAUUGCUGAGAGUGGCGGCUAUGAACCUACCGAAGAACAUGGCGGUUUGUCGGCUCUUGGCAAGGCGGCCAUUGCUCGCAUCAAUGAACUUGGUGCUGUGGUAGACGUCUCCCAGUUGUCGAAACCCGCCACAUUACAGGCAAUAGAAUUAUCGCAGACACCGGUUAUUGCCAGCCAUUCGAAUGUCAGAGCACUGUCGGAUGUGGCAAGAAACUUAUCCGAUGAAGAAAUUGACCUGAUUGGCGCGACGGGGGGCGUAAUUCACAUUGCUGCAUUUACCGCCUAUUUAUUGGACAUAUCCGACCCACAGCUGAUUGAGAACAUCAAAGCCAUCCGGCGUGAGGCGGGUAUAGAUGAGAGGUAUUCCUAUCCUUAUGAACUCUAUUGGGAAAUUGACAAUCCCGAGGAACAAACCGCGUUUCUGACCGCUAUGCGAGACCUCCUGGGGCCAACAACAGUAAGCCGCAUGGUGGACCACAUUGAUUAUCUGGUGGAACGCAUCGGCAUCGACCAUGUCGGCAUCGGCAAUGACUUUAAUCAUGGCGGCGGUAUUGCGGAUUUCCGAAAUGCUGAAGACGCCCUGAAUAUGACCCUGGGUUUACUGGAGCGUGGCUAUUCCGCCGAAGAUAUUGAAAAGAUCUGGAGCGGAAAUUUUAUCCGGGUGAUGCGUGUUGCAGAAGCCAACUAG